UGCUGCGGCCGAUAACGGUGAGGCCUGGCCGGGCGCGGGGCCUGGGGCGGCGGGGCCUGGCUCGGCGCGCAGGCGGCCCCGGGGCCUGGGCGAGGGGGGGGGCCUGGGCUGGCGCUCGCUGCCUGUGGCGCGAAGGGACGGGCGGCUGCGGGGCAUGUGGGCCUGGUGGCUUCUGCUGCGGUCGCGCUACGGGGCCUGCCAGCGCACCGCUGCCUGCCUGAGGCGGGCUCUGCGUCUCCCGCGGCCCGCCCCCGGAGGCCUCCGUCGCCGCGGGCCGAGCUCUCCGGGGAGGUCUGCGUACCACCGGGCCUGCGCGAAGCGGCCCCCGACCCGACGAAUGCUCGCCCAGGAGCCAGCGGGCGGACGCCGGGGUUCCCUGUGUAGGCCUCGGACGUUGGCCGUGGCCCCUUCGCAGCGGCCUUCGGCGGAGGCAGGCAGGGCUCGGCCCCGCCGCGGCUGCUGCGGGCGCAGUUACUUGGCCGGUCGGGCACCGAGACCUAUGGCUGUGCGACUCCUUUUGUUGUUCUUGCGACUCGGGGAGUCGCUCGGCUAGUACCGCCUCGAUCUUUUCAUGCCGCAGACAGGAAGAGACUUUCCGUUCCAGUCCGGAGUUAGAGUGCUCUGACUGAAUGUCAGACCUUAGCUUUCUCCACCCACAGGAAAAUAAAGUUUGUCUCGUUUUGGGGCAGACUUCUUCAGCUGAUUUUUUUCUUCUUUUUUUUUCCUGUCUGAGUAUUUAACCUGCAAGUAAAUAUGAGGCUGGAAAUGUUAAUGAUUUUUUCCCCAUUGCUAUUAGGAAUUAGUAAGAGCUAUUGAAAGUUUUUGAGGCUUAAAGAGCGCGUCGUUGGUGUUUUCAGAGACUUGUUGUGGGUCGGAAUUGCGGGUGUGAUAGCUGUUCCUGUGGAACAGGAAUGCUCCUUUGCAAGACUUGCCUUUUUUGCGUGGAAGUAGGUUUCCCCUGUCCCCUGCCCAUCAGAAGGUAUAGAUGGGACUGUGAAUAUGUCUGGCAUAGCUCUUAGCAGACUGGCACAGGAGAGAAAAGCCUGGAGAAAAGAUCAUCCAUUUGGAUUCGUAGCAGUACCCACGAAAAAUCCAGAUGGCACAAUGAAUCUAAUGAACUGGGAGUGUGCUAUUCCAGGAAAGAAAGGGACACCAUGGGAAGGAGGCUUAUUUAAAUUACGGAUGCUUUUCAAGGAUGACUACCCUUCUUCACCCCCAAAAUGUAAAUUUGAACCACCAUUAUUCCACCCAAACGUGUAUCCUUCGGGCACAGUGUGUCUCUCCAUCUUAGAGGAGGAUAAGGACUGGAGGCCAGCAAUCACAAUUAAACAGAUCUUGUUAGGAAUACAAGAACUUCUAAAUGAACCAAAUAUUCAAGACCCAGCUCAAGCAGAGGCUUACACAAUUUACUGCCAAAACAGAGUGGAAUAUGAAAAGAGGGUUCGAGCACAAGCCAAGAAGUUUGCACCAUCAUAAGCAUCUGUCAUGCAGCAUCUUAAAAAGGAAGGGAUUGGUUUGGCAAGAACUUGUUUACAAAACUUUUGCAAAAUCUAAUGUUGCUAUGUACAAUUAAUAUCCACGUAGGGGAGGGGGUUGUAUGUGUGCCAUUUUCCAUAUUCGCCACUUGUAUACAGUUCUAAAUUUGCUGAAUUGCCCCCAGUUUUUUCAUACAGGGUCUCUUCCUUCAGUCUUUUGUAUUUUUGAUUGUUAUGUAAAACUUGCUUUUAUUUUAAUAUUGAUGUCAGUAUUUCAACUGCUGUAAAAUUACAAACUUUUAUACUUCUAUAAAUUCACUAGUAUCUCUAGUUCCUUUGCUCUCUGAUGCAGGCAUGCUUUAAAAUGUUAGACCUAUAUUUAGCCUCUAGCUGGCUGUAUGAAAAAAACAAAAAUCAUGUCCUCCACCCCCUUCCCUCCCUGAAUUUGUUUUUCUAUCUUUGAGAAACUAGGUUGUUACUGCUUAAGAGCCUCCGAGAUCCAAAGUCAGCCAGCAUCCUUAUUCUGCAUCACUUCCUUUGUGUUUAUAUGGCAUUCUGUCUGUGUUGCUGUUUAGAAUAAAUAAACUGUUUAUAUAAAGGG